GAGUGGGGGUAACACGGCGCGGAGUUGAGUACAGUCAACAGUGUCAGUGAAAAGUAGGUAGACGUGUUGUGUAGGACUGAUGUGCCUCUGAAGUGCUUCUUUCGUAUUAUAGUCGUAUACUGCCAUAUCACCUCUAUCUUAUCUGUGACGUUAGAAUUUCUUAUGUACGAUAUAACACGUGUUAACUCCAAACAUGAAAAUUAUACCUAUGUUUAAAAAUUGAAACAAAUUUAGUCGCGAAACUUUUAUUUAUAGUGUGUGCGUUGUUUGUUUACAAAAAGAAAUAUCAACAUGUUGGCCGAUGGUUAUCUGGUUGGUGACGGCUCCUGGAAUUUGCGAGUAUACGUCACUGAUCUUCAGGUAGAAAGGACUCUCAGAGUGAAGGGUGAUUUGCACAUCGGUGGAGUCAUGUUGAAGCUCGUGGAGGAUUUAGACAUUGCCAUGGACUGGUCUGACCAUGCGCUCUGGUGGCCGGCUCGAAAUACGUGGCUCACCAGGACACGCUCCACGCUGGAUCAGUACGGAGUUCAGGCAGAUGCCCUCCUCAACUUCACACCAAUGCACAAGACCUUGAGGGUCCAACUGCCUGAUCUGCGUUACCUUGACUGCAGGGUUAACUUCUCGAUUAAAACAUUUAACUGUGUCGUGAACCUGUGCAAGGAAUUGGGUAUGCGACACCCAGAAGAACUGUCAUUCUGCAAACCGCUAGAUCCAGAUCACCUCAAAUAUAACCUGAAGGAUCUCCCUGGAAACAAGAAGAGGCAUUCAGACCCAAGAGGAGGACCAAACAAUGGACUGCCACCAGCAGACACCAACACGUUCAUUGCCAAUAGCAGCCCAUCUGGUUCUACAGGAAGUUUGGACAAGAGUUCGCCCCCUUUCAUGUGUGCUCCUGUUACACCAACCAGGCAUCAUACAUCAACACCCAUCAGUUCCCCAGUUGGAACGCAAUCAGGAACAUGGAAGAGAAAUAAUCAUUCACCAGCUUUUGGGGAAAUGAAUGGUACAUAUCCAUCAAAUGCAAACAACAGUCUGACUCUUGAUAUGCUAAAUGGGAGUGCUGAUUCAUCACUUGCCCACAGCCCUUCUGCACCAAGCCCAGAUGCUCGAAAUCGCCAACUUCGACCACGGACACUUGUUGAACGAGCACGAAUGAAUGUUGCGUGGCUGGACUCUUCACUCUCGAUCAUGGAGCAAGGUGUAAGGGAAUAUGACACGCUGUGCCUCCGCUUCAAGUUUUAUUCAUUCUAUGACCUGAACCCAAAAUACGAUGCUGCAAGAAUUAAUCAGAUAUAUGAGCAAGCCAAAUGGCAACUGCUUAAUGAGGAGAUUGACUGUACUGAAGAGGAGAUGCUCAUGUUUGCAGCACUUCAGGUGCAAGUAACGCUGCAAGCCGGAGUGCCCCAGCCGAUUCUUAACAGCAGCAGCUGCAACAGUACUGUUGCAGAAGAUGACAUUGAUGCUGCUCUCGAAGACCUCCAAGUGACAUUAGAGGGAUCGCACAUCAACUCAGGCCAUAAUGACAUCACACAAAUACCAGAACUUUCUGAUUACCUGCGAUUCCUCAAACCAAAGCGAUUCACAUUGAAGCAGUCGAAACAGUUCUGGUUCACAUGUCGUGACCUUCAUCUCACCUUAUAUAAAUCACGAGAGGAGGCAGCCCAAGGCGCAGAGCCAGUGCAUCACAUCAACUUGCGUGGCUGUGAGGUGACCCCUGAAGUCAAUAUUACACAGGGUAGAUAUGGCAUCAAGUUGGAGGUUCCCAGUGCUGAAGGCAUGACUGAAAUGUUCAUACGUUGCAACACAGAGGAACAGUAUGCCAAGUGGAUGGCAGCAUGUCGAUUAGCUGCUAAAGGGAGAUCCCUGGCGGAUAGUUCGUAUGAUACAGAAGUGAAAUCAAUCAUAGCUUUCUUGCAAAUGCAGCACCCAGCCCCUGCUCCUGCCAUUAAUCCGUCAGCACUGGACAUCACUCCAGAAGACUAUGUUUCACCAAGAUUCCUAAGAAAAUUCAAAGGAAAGUUGGUGCAGAGGAUUCUGGAGGCUCAUGCCAAUGUAAAGGAUCUUCCACUCAUUGAUGCCAAACUGAAUUACAUCAAAGCGUGGCAGUCAUUACCGGAGUAUGGCAUAUCACUGUUCAUUGUAAAGUUCAUGGGCCAUAAGAAAGAAGAGUUACUGGGAGUAGCAUUCAAUCGGCUCAUGAGGAUGGAUAUUAGCACAGGAGACCACAUCAAGACAUGGCGGUACAACACCAUGAAGGCAUGGAAUGUGAAUUGGGAAGUAAAACAUAUGAUGGUGCAGUUUGAAGAGGGCAACAUCAUCUUCAGCUGCCUUUCUGCUGAUUGCAAAGUCAUCCAUGAAUUCAUUGGUGGUUACAUUUUUCUCUCCAUGCGAUCGAAGGAAGCGAAUCAGACGUUGAAUGAAGAAUUGUUUCACAAGCUGACUGGUGGCUGGGUUUAAUGUUGCAUGCGACAAGCGUCAGUAAUUUGAACACCUUUCAAACUGAUUCCAAACACAAGUACAAGUGACAUUGGUGCCUUUCCUGCUGUGAGUUAUAAAGAAUUGCAGUCAUUGGUUGGAUCUUGGAUGAUGUACUUCACAUCUAAUCUCAGUUUGUCAGCUGCUUAAGUGGUUUUCUUAAAACUUACUGUUCGCUUUCUGUUUGUACUAGAUACAUCCUGGAAGACUUCAGGCUUGGUGCACUGCUUUUGUUAUACCCCAGUGUUUCUCACAAGAUUGCAGCACCAUAUGGAAUCAUUUUUUACAGUUUUGUGGGUGCAAUGAUGAUUUAUUUCUUAUUUUUGGGAACUCGGAUUGAAUUUUAAGUCAUCACUGAAUGCGUUGAAACAAUAUUGGUACUCUGCCUGCUGUGCUAUUUGGGAACUUCUGGCUUGCUUUGACAUCUUCUGAAGAUAAAGUUAUGGCUUCAUGAAGGCGGUAACUUUGUGUAUUUACUGUCAUUGACUGCACACUGUUUUAUCAGAGCAAAUAUAUGGUCCAUCUGCCCUAGUGUGCAUUCUUUCUGUACUAAUACCAGUACCAUUACUUGAGUUGAAAUUCAGUUUCCGGCCCCAUAGUAAUGGAUUUAAAACCUCUAGUCUCAGAUGAUGAAGGCUAAAUAAGUCACUACUGAUGUGCAGUGGAUUUUGAUAAAUCACUUGCAGAGUGUAUUUGUCUCUUUCAGUGAGUACGAUAAUAGUAUGAGUUCUCAGUAUGAAUGGUUCAGGAUUAAUGCAAGUUACAGUAACUAUGAGUAAUUUUUUAAGGAGGAUUUUGCAAUGUUUGCUUAGUUUUUAACCCAUUGCAUCUGCCGCAGUGAUUUUCUUAUAUACACAGACUCUAAGUAGGUCUUGGAAACGAUAAAUAUAUAUAUAUAGCUCAAUCAUAGAUGAAGAUUGUAAAGCAGGGUGUAAUUGAGAUGUGUUUUCCUGGGUUGUGACAUUGUGUAGUCUUAGAGGUGGAUACCAGUGUUUCAGAGGGACAUGCCUGCAUUUUCAGGGACAAAAUGUACUUGGACAUGCAACCCAGAGAACCACAAUUUCAACGCUCAUCACUGUGAAAACCCCAAAACUUAUAUAAGUAAUUGUAAAUUACAUAUUUUUACUACUAUAACUUAAUUUGUGUGAGAUCAGCAUUCUGUCCUUGCAAAUAGUUAAGGAAAGAUAUUGAUUUAUGGAUGUUAUUGACAUUUACUGUUCUCUACACCUAUUUUCUUUGAAAUGUAUUUCAUAACUAUUUUCUAUCCCUAUACAAUAAUUAUUCACGUUUGCCUUCUGUUGCAACGGUUGUUAUUUAUGUCAGAUGUUGACAAUAUCUUUAUAUUACUAAAAUUUAGUUUUAUAACAACAAAUUAAUAUCUUGAAACUUGAACAUUUUGUUUAUCAUACAGGUUGUUUAUGAAAUUAAUACAGAUUUUAAGAAUGGUUUUAAACAUGCAUGAACUGUCAUUUUGAGUGUUUUACUGAGACAAUUUCAAAUGAAUGCUGUUAGACAUAAUGAAGAAGUUGAACAUAAUGUAAAAAGAGUAUUUUUAUUUGUAAAUAUAAUCUAAUCGACACUAGCCAUGGAGAUCAGAGUGGGUUGUAAUUUAUAAUUUGUUAGGUUAUAUUCAUACUGGGAAUAUUGUUUAGAAUGCUAUGGCACACACAUUCUACUAUUAUUGUUAAUAUUAUUUGUAAUUAGUCAUUACAUUUAACAGAUAGCUAUUACAAAUAAUGUAAUAAUGUUAAUGGAUUUAUGAACAUGAGAAUUUGUUACUAGACAGUGAUACAUAGAAAUCAAAAGUGUAUCUCUAUUGAAAGUUCUAAUUCGCAAUAUAUUUUAAUUUUAAUAAAGAUGUUUGUAUAUGCUUUGAA